GUAAUAUACAGGUAAUAUACGGGUAAUAUAGCCACCGCGUACGAAGUAAUAUAUGAGUUGCCGACCCCUCGAGACUCGUAGCCACCUUGCAUGCCCUCAGUGGCAGCGGGUGCCUACCUAUCACAGGCGCGAAGGCCAAUUACAAAACAUAUUAUCUCCGUACCGAGACUUCUGCGCCAACAAGUUCACUGGUGAAAAAUGAUCCCCAAGGGAUGUCCUAUCUACCUUGAAAACCGAAGAAAACUCACCCUGUAUUUGCCCAUGUGCUUUUUGUCACGCCAUUAUUUGGCCACUUGGCCAUAAUCGGGCCAUUUGAUUUUCAGCGAUUCCUGUAAUGAACGACAGAACGUGCGUUUUACUGAGGUAUCGAACGUAUGUCGCAUCCCUCAGGAAAAACCGUGCGGCGUCCGACAGUGAAGUCGUACGGCUUCGGCUGGCGGCACUUGCAACUGUUCCUCGUCUUCCUCGCCAUAGCCUUGGGCUACGUUCUGCGCAGCAACUUGUCUGUCUGCAUCGUGGAGAUGACCAACCCUAACGCUACAGAAUUUACUACCUACGAUUGGAGCAGCGAGGAGCGGCACGUAGUGCUGUCGUCCUUCUUCUGGGGCUACGUGGUGACGCAGGUGCCCUCCGGCUACCUGACGGCGCGCUUGGGGCCCAAGUGGCUGAUGCUGGCGGGCGUGUCCGGCCCGGCAGCACUCAGCGCCGUCACUCCGCUAGUCGCCGACUGGGGAGGGUGGCAGCUCCUUACCGCCAGCCGCGUCCUGCAGGGGCUGCUGCAGGGCGCCAUCUUCCCGGCGACGCAUGCCAUGCUGAGCCGGUGGUCGCCGCCGGGCGAGCGCUCGGGCCACACGGCGCUCACGUACAACGGCAUGUCGGUGGGCACGGUGGUGGGCAUGGCCAGCUCGGGGCUGCUGGCCGCCACGCCGGGGCUCGGCUGGCCGUCCGCAUUCUGGCUGCCCGGGCUGCUGGGCCUGGCCUGGGCCGUGGUCUGGGUGGUCGUGGCCGCCAACGCGCCCGCGUCCAGUCGGCACGUCAGCCGGGAGGAGCGCGAGUACAUCGAGGAGUCCUUCGGAGACACGAGCAGCAAGGAAGAGCAUUUGGCGGUGCCUUGGCGGGCCAUCAUGACGUCCGUUCCCAUGUGGGCCCUCAUCGUGGUGCACUCGGGGCACAACUGGGGCCACUGGAUGCUGCUCACCGAGAUGCCCGACUACAUGAAGGCUGUGCAGCGGUUCAACAUCCAGGCCAACGGGCUGUACUCGGCACUCCCGUACCUCUGCCUCAUCGGCACGUCGCUGCUCGUCGCCUGGCUCAGUCAGGUGAUCAACACACGACGGCUGCUCUCACUCCAGAUGUCGAGGAAGAUUUUCCAGUCUGCAGCUCACUGGGGCGCGGGCACCGCCAUGCUGGUGCUGGCCCUGGUCGACGUGGACCAGGCGACGGCGGUGGCGCUGCUGUGCGUGGCCGUGGCCGUCGAGGCGGGGACGCUGGCCGGCUUCCUGUGCAAUCUCAUAGACCUGUCGCCCAACUUCAGCGGCGCCAUGAUGGGCGUUUCGGGCGGUGCUGGUGCACUCGUAGCUGUUGUCGCGCCGCUCAUCGUGGGGGCAAUCACGGGGGAAGAGGACAGCCUGAGUCACGAGGAAGUGACUACGCGGUGGAACACCGUGUUCAUCCUGACUGCGUGCAUUUACUACAUCGGCAAUUUGGUCUGGGUAUUCUUCUCAUCGUUCGAGGUGCAGCCUUGGAACAACGUUGCCAGCAAAACGGAAGUGGAGCCAGUGCAGAACAACAGCUAGUUGUUGACACCGUGCACAGCGGUCAGCCGCGCGUCGCUCGCCGGCCCGAGCGGGGAGCAUCGUUUCACGCGCCGCCUAGGCCGUUGCCAGCCCCUGGUCGUCCUUUCUACACCUUACCUCGGCAGAGGGAACCUCAGCGGCUGCACGCUCCGGCUCUUAGUGUGACCAGCCCUUGGGGGCCUAUGUGCCCCCGAAAGGGGUCACAUAGACCUCCACCCCGGAACAGCCUCUUUGAGCACGACCGAGACCGGUGCCCCCUUGCUUCGCCCCAUGGUCUCGGGAACAGAGAAGAUUUCUUCUUUGACUGCUACGCUCCAGUCCUAAGGCGGAGACAAGCUACUGACCCACGAAACUGGAGUCACCGCUGGCGCCGCGCAGAGAGCAGUUUCGUGGGACACUCAAGGGUUCUCUGGGCAACUCUGGCGACACCUCGCCGGCCGGCCUGCUUACCGUCUAACCACCUCUUCCACACGCGGCGCAAGCACCUUCAGCGUAAGCUCGCCCUGCGUUGUGUGCCUGGAAGAUAGGCAACUGCAGUGGCUUGCCACGCCCCGCUGCCAGAUAGGUUGCCUGUCCUCCAGGCGCUAUUACAGGACUCUAUCGAGAUCUCUUAAAUGUUUCCCACCCGCUUCCUCAGAAGCCCCAUCAUUGCUGUGAAUCGUUAGGUCACAUAUUUAAAAAUAGGUGUUUUUUUAAAAAUAAAAUACGAGUUAAUAAUUAUUAAUAAAGAAUGAAUUGUUAUGAUAUGAAACAAUAGAGAACAUAACCAAAGCACGGCCCCUGACGGUCAUUCCCCAGUUUUCUAACCACUGCCCUAGUGAUCCUGGCCAGGACCUCAACCCUUUCUUCGUUCUGUUCUUCCCCCAAAUACCCUGUUUCCUAAAUCCCGUUGGCCAUGCACCCCCACUCUCCACUUUUGUUCUUCCCUAUGUUCUUCUGCAUCUGUAAUAUGAAGGCGCGCUGUCUGGCGCCAACCACCAUUCUGUACACGGUCACCUUGUUGAUAAUACAGAAAGCUUCCGUCUCCACGAGA